AUGGCGAUCUGUACUUAUAACGCACGUACGCUUGCAUCGGAAGCGGCCAUCGAAGAUCUGAUGAUGCAAGCCAAGAAGAUCAAGUACGACGUCAUCGGACUGACCGAGACGAGACGACGUCACCCUCUCAACGCCGUAUAUGAAACUGGAGAAGAACUGUUCUUAGGAACAUGCGACAGUAGAGGUGUUGGUGGAGUUGGCGUCCUCGUCAACACGAGUAUGGCAAAGAACAUCGACUCUUUUGAACAACUUACGACCCGAAUCGGACGUCUGCGGAUGAGAAGAUGUGGCCCAAUACCAGCUUUGACUAUCUUCGUCGUUUACGCUCCAACAUCAAGCUACGAAGAAGAAGAAGUCGAAGCUUUCUAUAUGGACCUGGAGAAGUUCUACCAAGAAGAUCAUGCCUUCUACAAGGUCAUAGUUGGCGAUUUCAACGCUAAGGUUGGCCCAAGAAGAACGCCGGAGGAACUUCACAUCGGGACCCACGGCCUACAAUGGAAUGACCAGGGAGAGAGGCUCUCCGAGUUCAUCAUGACGACUAAGACCAUCCAUGGGAACUCGCAAUUUCAGAAGCCCUCUUCUUUACGCUGGACGUGGGAGUCACCCGGUGGAGGGUACCGUAAUGAAAUAGACCACAUCAUCGUCAAUAAAAGGUUCUGCCUGACGGACGUCGGUGUUGUACCAAAGUUCUAUACGGGAUCGGACCAUCGCCUCCUCCGAGGAAGAUUUUCCUUCACAAGGAGAGCAGAGAGAGCCGCCAAGUUCAGAGAGAGAAAUCCCAGGACUACCAUCAACUGGGAUCUCUUCGCUACGCUAGUCGGCUUUUGGGAAGAUUCUGCAAUGGACAACAUCGACGAGGAAUAUGACCGGCUUGUCGAACACCUUCACGACUGCGCGAAGAAGGCUGAGAGUUUUAAAACCACCAAGAGGCGUCUAUCUCUUAAAACUCUUGAGCUGAUACGCCAGCGUGGAGCAGCACGAGCCGCAGGGAACCAAGAACUCACGUCCGAGCUCGCAAGGCUUUGCCGAGAGGCGAUAAAGGAAGACCUUAAAGAGAGAAGAGCAGAAGUGCUGGCUGAAGCUGCAGAGGCGGGGAAAAGCAUCCGCUAUGCCCGUCGAGACUUCGCCAGUCGCAAGACGAGGAUGACUGCUCUCCGGAACCCAAAGGGAACAGCCAUUGCAUCGAGAAGGGGGAUGGAGAAAAUCAUCUACGACUUCUACUCUGAUCUCUUCGACAGCCAUGUCCACUUGCCUCCUCACCAUCUGAGGGAAGAUGGACAAGUCAUUCCAGAGGUUCUCCCGUCCGAAAUACGACAUGCUAUCAUGUCGGUAAGAAAUCGUACGGCACCCGGUCCCGACAGAAUAAGACCAGAACACCUGAAGAGCCUUCCGCCAGUACUUAUCAACACCCUGGCGAGGCUCUUUACACGCUAUCUGUCGGAAUGCAAGGUUCCUAAACAGUGGAAGACCAGCAAGACCGUGUUGUUGUAUAAAAAGGGAGAUCCAUAUGACAUCGGCAACUAUCGCCCAAUCUGCCUACUGUCCGUCAUCUACAAGCUCUUUACAAGAGUAAUCCUUAAUAGGAUUGAAAAAGUCUUGGAUGAAGGACAGCCAUGCGAGCAAGCAGGGUUUCGAAAAGGAUUCAGCACGAUUGACCACAUUCACACUGUUUCGAAACUCAUCGAGGUAUCACGAGAGUACAAGAUGCCGCUCUGUCUCACCUUCAUCGACUUAAAGAAGGCUUUCGACUCGGUUGAGACGGAAGCGGUCGUGGAAGCCUUGGACAACCAAGGCGUCCCUACUCAAUAUAUAAAGGGUGAUACAAUUUCACCCAAAAUAUUCACAGCCACCCUCGAGAACGCAAUGCGAAAGUUGGAAUGGGACGACAUGGGAGUGAAGGUUGAUGGUCGGCAGCUACACCAUUUGCGCUUUGCUGAUGACAUCGUACUGGUAACACCUAGCAUCAGCCAAGCGGAACGAAUGCUGACCGAAUUCGACGAAACAUGUGGAUGCAUCGGUCUUCAGCUGAAUCUACAAAAGACGAUGUUCAUGCGGAACGGAUGGGUCUCGGAUGCCCCAUUCACGCUCAACGGAACGAACAUAUCCGAAUGCACCAGCUACGUUUAUCUGGGUCGGGAACUGAACAUGAUGAACGACCUGACCCCCGAGCUGGGCAGGAGGAGACGAGCGGCUUGGGGAGCGUACAAGAGCAUCGAGGAUGUAGUGAAGAAGACCAGGAACACCCGGCUCCGUGCUCACCUCUUCAACACCACCGUACUUCCUGCUUUGACCUAUGCUUCGGAAACCUGGGCAUUUCGCAAGAAGGAAGAAAACGCGGUGAGCGUCAUUGAACGCGCAAUUGAGAGAGUGAUGCUAGGAGUAUCCCGUUUCACGCAAGUGAGGGACGGGAUUCGAAGUUCUCUCCUACGUCAGCGAUCGAAGAUUAGAGACGCCGCCGCGUUUGCCAAGGAAAGUAAAAUAAGGUGGGCCGGACACGUGAUGCGCUUUAAUGACAACCGUUGGACCAGAGCCGUGAGCGACUGGGUUCCCCGCGAUAUUAAGCGCACUACAGGAAGACCGCCGACCCGAUGGUCAGAUUUCUUCACGAAGUCCUUGAAAGAAAAAUAUGAUGCUCUUCGUGUCCCACGCGAAAGGAGGAACCACUGGGCUACUCUGGCACGCGAUCGGGACAAAUGGAAGAAUUACUGGCGCCCGCUCGACCAGUUCGAAGAUCAACGGGAGUCAAGAUUGAUGGUGUUGAAUGAGAAACGAGUUCUAACCGUUGUUUCUGGUGCAUCACGUGGAAUUGGUAAAGAAAUCGCUGUUCAAGUCUCAAAACGGGUUGCGCCUAAUUCAGUCUUUCUUCUCACUGCACGAAAUGAGGCCACAUUAUUGCAAAUAAAGCAAGAAAUACUAAACAGCUCAGAAAAAGCUCAAGUAUGGAUAGUUGUUUGUGAUAUGGCUUCAUUCAAUGAUGAUGCGAUCAAUACUUUCAAAGAGGUGCUUGCAGAAAUUACAGGGAUGGGACCUUUCGAUAGCGCGUUUGUGUUCCAUAAUUGUGGCACAGUUGGCGAUGUUACAAGGAAGAGUGCCGAACUAAGCAAUCCAGAACAAUGGCAGAAUUACCUCAACGUUAAUCUCAUCGCUAUGGUUCAAUUCAAUAACAUAUUAUUGAAAUCGAUCACAAAAGAGGUGGCUAAGGAUCGAUUCAUUGUAAAUAUUACUUCAUUGGUUGCCGUUCAAGGAUUCCCUUCAUUAACGCAGUAUUCUGUGGGUAAAGCCGCACGAGAAGCGUUCUUUCGUGGUCUGGCUGUCGAAGACGACACGAUAAAAGUGCUCAGUUAUUCGCCUGGACCAGUCGAUACUGCGAUGCAUGAUAUCGUCGCCAAACAAUCAUUCGAUGAGGGAAUCCGAAUGGCAUUUUCUCACGAUAGUUCGAUAACUCAUGAUGCUCAUAAAUCGACGUUAACUCCUACGCAAACGGUUGUGAAAAUGCUCAAACACCUUGAAGACAAUACAUUCCAAUCCGGGGCCAGAAUUGAUUAUUUCGAUGAUGAGAAGUGA